UGUCCCCAGCCUCUUGGUUUUUUGUAUUGCGCCUUGUUGUCUGCUCCGUACUUCGUUCCGUACAGGCAUAGGUCAAGGCCGAGUCCAUAGCGAACUGGUCUGCUGGGUCUGGUGUGAUGGGAUGGAGGAGCUGCGACGUCUCGUCAAUGGGCUGGAUGCGCGACCGAGAGCAACACCUCCUCAUCUUGGUCCACGUCCUUUCGCUUCCCCCUUCCUCCACCAACCUAAUUCACCUCAAAAUUGUUGUCUAAAGCUGUGUCCCUCGCGCAUCGCUCAUCCUGCGCAGCCCACAACCUCCAUUUCAGUCAUUUUAAUAUUCGCCAUUACUACAUCCAACAAGAUGGCUCGCGAGGGUACACGGUCUGCCACAGGCCAUUCGAAACCUCGCCUCUUCGAGACUGUCGAUACCGCGCCUGCCAUCAAGCGCACCACCAAGCCAAAGCCCACAACCACCAAGGACACUACUGCUGCCAAGGUGAAGGGCGCAAAGCCUGUAGGCGUCACGAAGGCUCCUGCUACGAAGAAGGAAGGCGUUGGUGCCAAGGUACGAGAACUUGUUCCGUUGCAAUGUCCUGGCUGCCCUUUAGUCAUCUACCGUGACCGGCUAUACGUACAUAUUAUUUAGCCACGCUUCAAACUCACUGGGCUGUCGUUUCUCGGGUCCUUUACGUCAGCGUUUAAUGCGGUUCCAAUGCACGACAAAGCGCCGCUACCUUUGAGAUCAACUUUGACUGUGUAAUAGCAAUUCUGCUGACAUGAUGUUCCAGGUGAAAGCUGCCGUAAACAAG